CGCACCUCUUGCUUCAGCGUAGUUCUGUCUGUUAUUUUACGAGAACAUGCAGCGGUUGGAUCAAGAACACCAUGAGGCCACAACACCGCUCACGUCCACGUCCCAGUUCAUUGAAGCAGACGACGACGACCUCGAUGAGGAGGCUAUUCCCAGCUUUACGCAUCCUGGUCUAGUUCCAAGUCCACACUCUCCUGGUCAGGAUAAGGGCAAAGCGAGAGCACCUGAGCAACUCGCUUCGGCUGGCUCUGCAGCUGUAUCGGGGAACAUUGGAACGCCUGUGAAUGGUGCUGGGGCACCGCAGCCGAAUAGGCGGUCAGUCGGUGGCGUGCAAGUUGAGACACGCUACACCGGAACGGAUACCCUUGAUGAGCCCAUUGCGACGACAAUUGGUCGUGACUUGCUUUCAAUAUAUACUAAGUUAAUUCAAGUACUCUACCCGCCACGGAACAAUGGCAGCCGAGAUCUUCUGAGGGAUUGGGACCUAUGGGGGCCUCUGAUUUUGUGCCUCAUGCUAGGCAUCCUGCUGAGCGUCAAUGCACCUGCAUCGCAAUCUCUCAGUGUUUUUACGAGUGUAGUGGUGAUCAUCGCUCUCGGCUCUUUAGUCGUUACGGUUCAAGCCAAGCUUCUCGGUGGUCGAGUGUCGUUCUUCCAGGGUUUGUGCGCCCUGGGCUAUUGCAUAGCACCUCUCAACAUUGCCGCGCUCGUGUCAACAUUUGUCCAUCUGAUAUACGUCCGUGUGCCCGUGGCGUUGGCAUCAUGGGCUUGGUGUGUAUGGGCGUCUGUGAACUUCCUUGACGGCACAAAAAUCGAGCAGCAGCGGAUCUUGCUCGCCGUAUAUCCUCUCUUGCUAUUUUACUUCGUUCUGGCCUGGAUGAUCAUCAUUCAAUAACUUUCGUUAUUAUUUACGCUGUCCUAUACGCAGUCAUUCGCAGCUAUGCUAUCAGCUGUACCUCUGAUCAUCGAGGGCACAGGCUACAUUGA